AGAGUGCAUUUAAUUAUUUUUCAGUAUGUACAAUCCAUCAGAAAUCUGUAUUAAAACAUGGCCAUCAGGUUGUAUAGUUCUGGGGUUAGUUAACGGAAUGCUUAGGUAAUCACACACUACCUCCAUUUCUGCUUUUUCAUUUCUGAAAAUAUGAAUAUUGCAUUGUGUAUCCGAGUUAAUCCAACAUGGGAGCGUACAAAUAUAUGCAAGAGCUAUGGCGCAAGAAGCAGUCCGACGUGAUGCGCUUUCUCCUGCGCGUCCGAUGCUGGCAGUACCGUCAGCUCUCCGGUCUCCACCGUGCGCCUAGACCCACCAGACCAGACAAGGCCCGCAGACUGGGGUACAAGUGCAAACAAGGCUACGUCAUCUACCGUGUCCGCGUUCGCCGUGGAGGCCGCAAGCGCCCCGUGCCCAAGGGUGCCACCUACGGCAAGCCCGUCCACCAUGGUGUUAACCAGAUCAAGUUUGCCCGCAGCCUCCAGUCCACUGCUGAGGAGCGUGCUGGCCGUCACUGUGGAGGCCUGAGGGUGCUGGCCUCCUACUGGGUAGGAGAGGACUCCACCUACAAGUUCUUUGAGGUGAUCCUGAUUGACACCUUCCACAAGGCUAUCAGACGCAACCCCGACACCCAAUGGAUCACCAGGCCCGUGCACAAGCACAGGGAGAUGCGUGGCCUGACGUCUGCGGGCAAGAAGAGCCGUGGCCUGGGCAAGGGCCACAAGUUCCACCUGACCAUGGGUGGUUCCCGCCGGGCAGCCUGGAAGAGACGCAAUACCCUGCAGCUUCACCGCUACCGCUAGAGGGUGUCUGUACAUUUAAAGAAAUAAACACAUGCCUUUUUAUGGUGACAAAAUA